AUGGAAAUCCACCAUGAUGACUACAAUGAUUACCCAGAAACCUAUGACUUUUCAAACUACUCAUUGGGGAAUAUUAGUAACUCCACAUACUUCAACGAGAAUGAUUCUGGCUUUUGUGAUCCUGAAGAUCAAGAGUUCACCAUCAAAAUGUUCCAGACCUGCAUCUUCUGCCUGAUUUUCCUGUUGGGCGUGGCGGGUAACUGCCUGGUCAUAGCCACCUUUGUUUUUUCCCGCCGUUUCCGUCUUCGCUCCAUGACCGACGUCUUCCUGUUCCACCUGGCGCUGGCCGACCUUCUCCUGCUCCUCACGCUCCCAUUGCAGGCUGUCGAUACGCACCUGGGCUGGAUCUUCCCUAAUGGCCUUUGCAAGGUUCUGCGUGCAUGCUACGCUAUCAACACAUACAGCGGGAUACUCCUGCUAGCCUGCAUUAGCGUUGACCGCUACAUUGUGGUGGCACGUGCCCAACAGAUGCACCGGCUGCGCAGUCGCAUUGUUACAAGUGGGAAAGUUGCCGCUGUUGCUGUGUGGUUUGUUGCUAUGCUCCUGAGUUUGCCUGAAAUCCUCUACUCUGGAGUGUUAGUGUCUGAGGAUAAAGCAUACUGCGGCAUGCUAAAGCGUGGAGCAGUCAAGAUGUCAACCAACGGAGCCAUCAUUGCUGUCUUCUGCCUGUCCUUCUUCAUUAUGGUGACAUGCUACUCUUUGAUAGCUCGAGUGCUGUGGGAAGGGAACAAAAAUCGGCGGGGGAAGCAGUGGCGUCGGCAGCGCACCCUGAAGCUGAUGGUGGCGCUGGUGGUGGUGUUUCUGGUGUUCCAGCUGCCGUACACUGUGGUGCUGUUGCGUAAAAUGACGGGGCCGCUCUGUGCUCUGCUGCUGGAGUACAUAACCUGCACUCUGGCGUACUCUCGAUGUUGCCUCAACCCUAUCCUGUACGCUCUGGUAGGCGUGCGCUUCCGUAAUGAUGUGGUGAGGCUCAUGUGGGAUUCAGGAUGCCAGUGGGGGGUCCGGUCAGCGCCACAGGCAGUGAGUUCCUACUCCAUGUCCCCCACCUCCCCUGCUCUCACUGUGUUCUCAGCUUGCUCACCAGCAUCCCCUGAAAGCAGCAGCUCCAUACCAUCAAAUGUCAGUUUCCGGGAACCAAAUAAUACUUAA